AUGCCAGGCCACGCUCCCUUUGUUCACCCCGCCGCCGCAGUGGCAGCCUUUGAGGACCAUGAAGAGCCACUCACCGCAAGCAUGGCCACGCUGCUGAUGCACGCAGACGAGCCCGACGUCCGCAUCAACCCCAAUCAUCCCAUCGCUCCCGACCUUCAACUCUCCACCACCUAUCGCACCCCGCAUCCCACUUCUCGCCUCGCAGCGUCCUCCGAAGGAGACAUCGACUAUGCAAAUCCACCCGGGCACAUCUACUCCAGGUAUACCAGCGAUACCAGAGGCAGGGUAGAGAGGGUCCUGUCGGAAAUCAUGGGAGGCAAAGCAAUCACAUACGCCAGCGGCCUCAAUGCCGCUUAUGCCGUGGCCAUCCUCUAUCAGCCCACAACCAUCGCCCUGCGGAGAGGUUACUUUGGAUGCCACGAAAGCUUCGCAGUCUAUGCUCGCACAAAGGGCAAUGUGAACUUCAUCGACCUUGAUGCACCGUAUCCUGCCUCCACGCCCUCCAGUCCUCUGCUGGUCUGGCUAGAGACGCCGCUGAAUCCCAGUGGAGAAGCAAGAGACAUCACCCACUACGCUAAACUCGCACACAAAGCUGGCGGCACCCUGGCCAUCGAUUCUACCUUUGCGCCCCCACCUCUCCAAAAUCCAUUCGACCAAGGAGCAGAUUGUGUCAUGCACUCGGGCACAAAAUACUUUGGGGGUCACUCUGACCUGCUCAUGGGAGUCGUAGCUGUCAAAGACGCAAAAGCUGCAGCAGGUCUCUGGCACGAUCGCACGUACAUUGGAUCAGCGCCCGGCAACCUUGAGAGCUACCUCAUGUUACGCUCUCUGCGCACACUCACCGUCCGAGUCAAACGCCAGAGCGAAAGCGCCGAGGCCCUCGCCAAUUGGCUGUGGGCCCUCUGCCAUCGCAAUGCCACCCUCGAUGCUUCGAAGCUUACACCUGAGGACGCCAGCAUCCGUUCCUCGGGCAUCGUAGGAUGGGUCUCGCACUCUUCUCUACAACCACGCUCGGCUGAUCAGCAAGACCCGAUCACGGGGAAGCCAGCUGAAGCCGUCGGCUUUGACCCACGCCUUCAGAUGCCCGGAGGCCACACACCUACUUUUGCCAUUCGUCUCGAUGGUCCUCAGAACAAGGGCGGCAACCGCGCUGCUUGGCUACCCCACCUCACCUCCUUUUGGCUACCGGCCACCUCCCUGGGUGGAGUCGAGAGCCUCAUCGAGCAUCGCAUCGCCGCCGAGCCUAGCGAAGACCCGGGUACCAUUCGUCUCAGCGUCGGGCUGGAGGAAGUAGAAGAUCUCAAGAACGAUUUAAGGAGAGCGUUGCAGAGAGUACUGGCCCUAGAGAAAGAACAGAACGGUUUGGUCUGGCAACGCGAGGGAGAAUGGCAGAAGCGGCAACAUAACGGCACAGGAGGUACAGAGAUCUGA